UCAAGACUCAUUUGCACGCCUUGGUAUAAGUUUCACAGCAGUAAUAGCAAGCGGGGAGGAUGUCGAACUGCAACGUCGACGAAUUCCUUGGUCACCGAAUGGCCAAUCCUAUCGGCGUCCUCGGCUCUAUUCUGGGUCUCUACUUACCGUCUAGACCAACAAAAUUCUGUCCAUCGAGUCACAAUGACAGGGUUAAAGUCAAGGAUAGACCUUAAAGCUCAGAGUAUUCAUCUCUUGGCUAUUUCACAGCGUCAUUUGUAUGAUCAAUCUGCAAUCUUGAACUCAGUUACGGGAAACUUGGUCCGACCAUUAUUCACCCAAGCUUCUUCAGACCGACGGAAAACAACUUUUCCUUGAGCAAAUUCAAAGACCCAACGAAAUUAUUAGAAUCGCUCAUAAAAAAAUAAAAAAGGGAUCAUCGAAAUUUAUUUUGACUAGAAAAAAGUUUAACAGCCAUGUAGAUCGGGACGCGAUAAUCUUGGUGAACAUCUUCAAUAUAUCCUGGUAGCUUUUCGUUUUCCACGAUACAGUGAACAGACACGAUCUCGUAUCUGGGUUGUGUUCUUAUAUGGAGACUAUAAGGGUUGAUUUGGUAUUUCUAUUAUUUUUUUAUUUAUUUAUUUUUUUAAGAGAAAAAGAGAUAAAGGAUAAGAUGUGUCUGCAAGGUAGAUACGUAGGUAUAUAACCGCGAGGACUACCAUUUGCAUUCACGCCGUAGAGAACGAGAUGCUGUAUAGACGAGGGUGAGGAUGAACGCGGUGCUCGGCGUCGAGAAUGAAAAUUUGAUAUUCAUGAAGCGUUUUAAAGUCUCGGGGUUCUAGAAAUGGGUAUAGACUGCUAACCUGGGGUAGGAUUCGUGGACGUCUGCGGAACCCUAUUAAGAUGUGAUUCUCUGAUUUGUACCGCGACUCCUAUUCUACGUCUUUUUCAAAUUUUCACCCUGUUUCUCGCUCUUUCGCUUUUGGUUUAUAUGUAUCAGUAUUAUGUAUUAAUGACUAUACUAGCUUCUUCUGUAUUUUUAUGGUACCAUUUCUUAAGGCAUCAUUUUAUAUUUUUCUUUGGUACCGGAAGGUCUCUCGAAAGUCAAGCCAUUUUCGUACCGGACAAGUAGUAAUGUUACUGAAAUGUGUCAGACAGGCAUGAAAUAUAUUACGAUGGUGGCAAUAAAUAACCAGACAAUACAUAAUGCCCGAAAGUUGUCUUUAAUGCGUCUAGUAGGACAGAAAUGUCUUUUAGACGUCUCAAAGAUGGAUUUUGUAUCUAUGUAUGAAGUUGUAUUUCAAAGGACAGAAACAUAAAAAUUUAAAUUUCGAUGUUUUUUUUAACGGACAUGUAAACGUAAGGUAUAUAUUUAUAAGUAUUUUUAUAAUUGGCGUAUAAUUUCGGACAUUCACUUAAUUUUACGGAAAAGGCAAGCUGUCCAAGUAAAUGUACCUUUACGAGUAAAAAUACAAUUUUUUCGAAAUAACGAUACCCCUCCUUGAAGUGUCAUAAAUCAUAACAUUGUAUAUAAAAGUUAAGUCCGUCUCGUGAGAUUUUACAUGUACCGCAGAAAUUGUGAUAAACAAAAGAAAUGAUUGAAAAAAUUUAAAAAACUUUUAUAAGGGAUAAUACAAAAAGUUCUACCAAGUUGGACAAUCAUUCCGAUAAGAGUCUCCCAAGGAAGCAAAGUAAUUGCUAUAGCUAAUAAGUCCGACGUGUUCUCAACAUCCGACGAGGGAAACGAUAAGACUUCGCUCGUUCUCCGGUUCAACUGGCAUGCGAGGGAAGUCCGUGACUAAGGUAGGGACGGAGCCAAUGGCGUCUACGAGUCAGGUGCACCAAUCGACGCCAGCGUCGGAGGGCUGACUAUUGCGGACCACACCUCCUAGUGACGUCAGACGCGGCGCCCGACGUCCUAUGCACCACCACGCUCCUCCGCUCUUGCGAGACCAGUUAUCAUUCGGUCGGCGUAUCUACUGCGAGUUCAUACGUACUCGCGGCCAUACCGCAGCGUGACCUCAACUACUUCGAGGCUUUACGACCUAAUCGUUCAUCCCCAACGCGUAACGCCGUCUUACUGAAUAUAUUUAUUUUUUUUGACUUAUCAGUCAACAAAUUUUUCACGUCUUGUGGAUAAGGAAAGUUUUACGCGCCAUUUCCGUACGGAUUUAACCCUUGACCUCCGUCUAGUCGACCUUGCGACUUUUAUCAAUCAAGAUCACUACGGUUGUACGGGGUUUCGUUAUUUUAUUUUUGAGGAACUGUCACUUUUUUAUUCUUUGCAUAGAAAUUUUACGUGGUCGGUACCGUGUGCGAUUGUGAUGGGAAUAUUUAUUUUGAUGACAAUACUACGAUUUUUAUGAACACUCGGUAUAUUGGAGCAACGUUGGAGGGUUGAACUGAAGAUAAAAGCUUGUGAUGAAUGAACUGUUGCUGUUUUUGGAUUAUCAACAAUUUGAUAAGGAACCUGUCGUUAAGUGCGGUAAUAACGAUAGCAGGCGAACGUGUUUCCUUAUAGUGUGCUACCGAAGAUAUCGUGUGUGUUUACGAGUGAAUAAAUCGCAUUGAAUGGUUACUCAGCUUGGUGUUACACAUCUACUUUUUGGAGCAUAGCCUGAAGAAGAUUCGAAAUCGGACUAUUUACAAAAGAAGGAUCAUACGGAACAUUGCACGGUUUAUGUUUUAAAUUUAAAAAUUUGAGAAAAAACGACCGAAUAUAAAAAUUCUUGAAAUAUUACUCGAGAAUACUGUGUAUGAGCAAAAAAGAUUUCAUAGGAACAAAUCCUAACUCUUGCUCAAACUUCCUUUCUGGUUUUUCGGAAUUGAGAAACUUCAUAAUACACAGCUUUCGGUGCAUCCAACGACGGUGCCUGGUAUUGUAGAGAACUGGUAAAAGUUCGACUAGGUCGUGUUGUUGACGGGCAAGGUGGUUACGACGCACGAAACAUUGACGGGUUGUCCAGGAAGUGACGUAGGCAGAGGCUUCCACGACGGUGGAAGGGGUCGCGGUGAGGAACCGCUCCCGUAUGCAGCAGCAGCGGAGGCGGUAGAGGAGGUGGUGGUAGAGGUCGACGAGGUUAAAAUGGAGGCUGUGGACCAUCUCGCCAGAGAAUACGUCCAGGAGUUUGUCCUAGAUCAUCUCGAUCCCGCCGACGUCAAAAGAGAGAUGUUGCAGGUGCGACUGGGUUCACCGACGGUAAUGGUGAGCGGGGGUGUAGUGCAGCUACAGAGUCAGGUGCAGGGUCAAGGAUUAGCUCUAGCCCCGCUCACCCCUCCGGCACAUGAAUUGGAGCAACCCCAUCCCUUGUAUGGUCAGCCGCACAUUCAGGUGCAGCAUGGGGUCCUGGUGAAAGCUCCGCCAGGUGCGGCGCCCCAUUUGACGACACUUUCACAUCCUGGAACACCACCAGACACUCCGCCGGUCUCAGCAUCACCACCGUCCUUACACUUACACCGUGGUGAACGUGACCCUCGCGAAAGGGGUGGUUUGCUCUUACACCUGCAGCAACCAGGUUCCCUGGUACAAGAUAACAUCCAAGUAGGAUCGGGGAGCAUGGGUUGGCUUACACAAUCCCUGAGGCAGGAACCUCUGGACUUGAGGCCACACUGUCCUCAGGAUCAGACACCUGAACCUCAUCCUGAGCCAUGGCCUUCCACCCCGAAUCAUCAUCACUUUCAGGAGUUACAACAUAUACCACGCCACGGAAGACACCCAGAGCGGACGCUGAUUACAGGCGGGUACAUAACUGUAUCAGGUCACAUCGAAUACUACGGCUGUUCAGCUAGCAGUACAGGAGGCGGGAUGCUUCCCGCGGGCGGGGGUGUUAUGCAGGGUUUCGAUGACAGCUUACAAGGGAUGACAAUUCCACCAAGCAGACCCAUGAGCGUGUGUUCCGUCAGUUCUUGUGGAGCAGGCGGACCCAGUCCAGGUCACCGAUCCGGGAGCGGGAUUUACUCAAGCUGCGGCGGAGCCAAUGCUCAGGAUGAACUCAUGAACGAUGAACUUCUAAUGUCCCUUUCCGUGCGGGAGCUAAAUAAACGCCUCCAUGGAUGCCCGCGGGAAGAGGUGAGUGAGGUCGUGAGGCUCAAGCAGAAGCGACGGACCCUCAAGAAUCGAGGUUACGCACAGAACUGUCGCAGCAAGCGUCUUCAGCAGCGACACGAUCUUGAGACAACAAAUCGGAAUCUGCAGAACGAACUGCAGCGGGUAAAGAUCGAGCUGGCGCGACUUCAGCAGGAGCGGGAUCUUUAUAAGCAACGUUGCGAGGUCAUGAGAGUGCGCCAGAGUCAUCAUCAUAGUCAUAAUCAUAACCAUCAUCAGCAGCCACCGAAUCAACAACCGCAGCCCCAUCAGGCUCAGAAUCAACAGCAGCAACAGCAACAGCAACAACAGCAACAGCAACAGCAACAACAUCAUCAACCAGGACCAGCCAGUCCCGAAGUUUACCUGUGACAUCGACAGCGCCGAGGAGGCGCUUGCUGGACUUGAAGAGCCAUUUGAACUCGUCGCCGACGACUCUACCGGUGAGUAGAAUCGACAAUGUUAACGGAAAGACGCGAGUGCGAGGAUCUGAAGUUUAACAAGUGCAGUGAAAAUUAGUUAUAAAAACUGUCGCAAAAUCGUUGGGAUAUUCUGGGUGAGUUUUCAUGGAGACAACCCGAGUGCCAAGGUAGUCGUUCAUUUUGACCAACCUCGAUAAACGAUCGUACGUCAAUUUAAAUCUAUGCAGGAUCACGAGCAGAAAUAGCAAGGACUGUGGCGUGCUGUAAAUUGUAAAUGUCUUGUACAAUAUAUAUAUUUUCAUUGUUUACUUAGAAAUUGUCAAUAGACCACGCUUCCUUGUGUAGAUAUAAAAUUGGUUCUGCAUCCGACACACGAUUUAUUUUAAUUCGCAUUGACAACCAGCAGAUGUCGCUUUCGUUCGUAUACUCCUUAGCGAAUUUCGCGCGUGAUCCUAAUAAAUCGCGAUACGAUGACGAUACGCUUGAAAGUCUGUCGAUCCGCGAUGUCAUGGCAAUUUGACAGUCUCUUUAUCGUAACAAAAUGACGUCGGAAGCAGGGCUAUCGAGUAUUCCAUUAAAACUAAAAAGAGUAUAAGGGUAUACGACAUAAUUGUAUCGCGGGUAUUUUUACAACAAAGGCCUAAAAGCUGGAUGUUCUGAUCAUGGGAAAGGAAAGGAAAAAAAAAAAAAAGAUUAUACAUUCCUCUGUCUAAUGUAGAAGAAUUAGGCACUAAGAAGGAACUAAAGUAUCAUUAGGUUAAAUUACGCUUAGGUAUACUCACAGGCGUAUUUAAUGUACACUUCAAGGUGGACAGACAAUUGACACCAAAGGAUAUCGUACCAAAAAAUGUCGUAGCGCAAAUUAAAAAGAAAAUCUUUAGCGUUUAAGAUAUACCCCGAUUUGUUAAUUAAUUUUAAAAAGAACCCCUCUGAAAUACGACUCACGCCUUCCGACGGCUCGUUGCUCAGGCUUAUUCUUAUUCUUAAAUUUAUUGGCGAACAAAUUUUUUUUUUUUUCACGUCCGCUCUUACCGAUCGUGAGAACGACUUUUCACAAGGAAAAAAAUCAUUUCACAUCGAAAUCGUAUCGAAUAAAAAAAAUUAAUCGAUACGUGUCUCGAGCAUCAUCUUCAUCGUGCCAUGUAACCUUCGGUUAAUUUCAUCAAGAGAAUUGCUAAAUCGAAUUCAUGAUCAUUUUCCAUAGCUCAGAAGUCGACGAGUAUUUCUCGAAAAAUGAAAAGCACAAAUUAAAAUCGACCGCGAUACCGUAACACGCGGAACUAAUUAGGGGUUAUCUUUUAAUUACAGCAAGGGUUCUGCGGUACAAGGCUGGGUUAAUCGUCUAAUAGGUACCUAAUUGCAUAUAAUUAUUAUUGUUUUGUCGAGUCGGUAUCCAAUACCAAUUGGCAGACCGUCACUCGACGCAAAGAUAUUUUAAUUCCCGUUAUAUCGUCUAAUGUGUACAUAAAAUGAUUAUACUUAUUAUUAUAAAUAAACGUCGCGAUCGACAGUUUCCGAUAAA